UUUUCCAUGUGUUUACGCUAGCUUCUAUAAAUAUCCAAUCAUACUAAUAUUUUGUUGAUGUAUAAUUCUUUUCGUGUUUUACGAGGUGAAUAGUUCAGAUCAUAGUUUUGGGUUCGAUAUGGGAUAAAAAAAUUGAGAGCUUGGAGGAGUAUGGAGGGAUAGAGUAUAGAGAGGAGCUAAUCCCUAAUGGAAUUGACGCAAAUAACUUUUUCCAUGGCUAGGAGGCUUCCAAAUUAAUAUUGACUUGACUUGAAAGUCUUGAGUCAAUGAGGUAGUAUUUGCUUAUGCAAUCAGUAAUCUCCCCUUAUAAAGGGCAAGCUAGAGUACUACUCCCCUCAAUGCCAUAAUCACCCAAAGCCACUGCUCAUCUUUCCUCUUUUUCUCAAUCUGUCGUUUCUUCUUCAUUUUGACGAAGGAUGGGUGCAUUACCUUGGCUAUUUCUAUUCCUUCUCUGUUUCUCGCAACAUCUGCUUGCUUUUUCUUCAUCGUCUCUCCCGUCUUUUUCUUCUUCUUCUUCUGCACGCCCUUUGUGUCAUCGUGACCAGAGGUCUGCACUGCUGCAAUUCAAGCAUAUGUUUACCAUAAACAGCAAUGCUUCUCAGGGUUGUGAACGUUGGGCCGGUAUUCCUUCAUAUCCAAAGACCCUGACUUGGGAUGAGAAUGCAACUGAUUGUUGCAAUUGGGAUGGGGUCACGUGCGAUAGGUUGACCGGUCAUGUGGUUGGGCUUGAUCUCAGUUGUAGCCAGCUCUAUGGCAAAAUCCAUCCCAAUAGCAGCCUUUCCCAACUCUCUCACCUGCAACAGCUUAAUCUGGCUUUCAAUGACUUCAACGACUCUCGCAUUUCAUAUGCAUUUGGCAGCUUUGCAAAAUUGACACAUCUAAACCUAUCCUAUUCUGCUUUAUCAGGUUCUAUCCCAUCUGAAAUCUCCCACAUGUCCAAAUUGAUUUCACUUGAUCUUUCUUAUUCUCAACUGAGACUUGAACUCCUCCAUUUCGAAAUUCUCCUGAAAAACCUGACCCAAUUACAAGAACUCGACCUUUUUGAGGUAAAUAUAUCUUCCGAUUUACCCGAUUCAAUUGGUUAUCUCAAGUCUUUGAAAUCCUUGGAUCUCACCUGGACGGGUUUAUCUGGAAAACUACCUGACUCAAUUGGUUAUCUAAAGUCUUUGAAUUACUUGUUUGUCGGAGAUUGCAAAUUACGAGGUUCCAUUCCUAAAUCUCUAGGGAACCUUACGCAGAUCUGUGAACUAUAUUUAUGGGGAAAUAGUUUUACCGGUGAAGUCUCAUCUACUCUCUCAAAUCUCAAGCAACUUACUGCGUUAGAUCUUUCCGCCAACAACUUCCAAGGUAGAAUUCCCGUUCUUGCUGAGCUCACAAACCUGGAGUAUUUAUAUCUAGAUGAUAACAAUUUCACUGGUGGGUUUCCAAUCUGGGUUGCAAACUUAAAGCCCCUUGUUGCUUUAAGUAUACAUAGUAAUCAGCUCACGGGUCCCAUCCCCUUCAAUUUAAGUGGUCUUCAAAACCUACAAUUUCUCUACUUAAGUAGUAAUCAGCUCACGGUUCCCAUCCCCUUUAAUUUAAGUGGUCUUCAAAACCUACAAGUUCUCCACUUAAGUGGUAAUCAGCUCACGGGUCCCAUCCCCUUCAAUUUAAGUGGUCUUCAAAACCUAAGGGAACUCUACUUAAAUGAUAACUCUCUCAGUGGGGUAAUACCUCCAUCCUUGUUUACUCUUGCGUCAUUGGAAGUUUUAGACCUGCAUUCCAAUAAGUUAACUGGUCAAAUUCCUGAAUUCCAACAUCAUUUACCAUUGGAAUUCAUUGACUUGAGUGACAAUAAACUUCGUAGCCCCAUUCCACAAUCAAUUUCAACUCUUGUAAAUCUGACCUCGCUAUUUCUUGAUCAUAACUCUUUUAGUGAGGUAAUACCUCCAUCUUUGUUUACUCUUCCGUCAUUGAGAUAUUUAUACUUGAGUUCCAAUAAUUUAACUGGUCAAAUUCCUGAAUUCCAGCAUCAUUUACCAUUGGACACCAUUGACUUGAGUGACAAUAAACUUCGUGGCCCCAUUCCACAGUCAAUUUCAACUCUUGUAAAUCUAACCGUGCUCUCUCUUGCAUCAAAUGAUCUGAGUGGUGUGGAUCUGCAUAUACUCAAAAAUGUUGAGUCCCUUGAUAUUUCCAACACUAAUAUUUCGGUGGUCACUAGAAGUAAUGUUAACAAUACCCUUCCCAACCUUAGGUAUUUCUAUAUGUCCUCUUGCAACAUCGAGGUGUUCCCUUAUUUCUUAAGAGCCUUAGAGAAUCUUGAAGUGCUAGAUCUUUCUCAAAACAAAAUUCAUGGACAGAUUCCAAAUUGGGCUGGGUUCAUUGGAAAGGCUUCACUGCGGUAUUUGAAUCUUUCUAACAACUUUCUCACAGACAUAAAGCAACUUCCAUGGGAGAAACUAGCUACUCUUGAUCUGCGUUCCAAUUUGCUUCAAGGACCACUUCCCGUUCCACCCCCGCUCAUAGGAUACUUUUUCAUCUCAAACAACACUCUUAGUGGAGAGAUUCCUUCAUUGAUUUGCAAUGCGAGUACCCUUGAGAUUCUUGAUUUGUCUCACAAUAAAUUGAGCGGUGCGGUUCCACAAUGUUUGGGAAAUUUUAGUAGUGUUCUCUCGGUUUUGAAUCUACGCUCCAAUGGAUUUACGGGAACCCUUCCCUUGGCAUUUGUGAAGCCCAGCCAAUUACAAAGUCUUGAUUUGAGUGGAAAUAAAUUUGAAGGACCACUUCCAAGAUCAUUGAAAAAUUGUACGUGGUUGGAAGUUCUAAACGUCGGAAGCAACAAGAUUAAUGACACAUUUCCAAAUUGGUUGGGAACUCUUCAUUGGUUGCAGGUUCUUGUCGUACGAUCCAAUCGAUUUCAUGGUCAUAUACACACUACGAUGAGUGAAUUUUCCUUUCCUAAGCUUCGAAUUGUUGACCUCUCCUACAAUGAGUUCACUGGCCAUUUGCCAACGAGGUACUUCGAAAAUUUCCAAGCUAUGAAGAGCACAACUAUGUCGGGCGAACAAUACAUGAGUGUGGGGGGUAGUUCUUAUCAUGAUUCUCUCAUAGUAACAAUGAAGGGACUUGAGGUCGAACUGGUGAGAAUUUUGACUAUCUUCACAACGAUUGACUUUUCAUCCAACAAUUUCAGUGGAGAGAUUCCAAAUGUCGUUGGAAAGCUCAAUUCCCUCAUACUGCUUAAUUUUUCUCAUAAUAGUCUUACUGGUCAUAUUCCAGCAUCUUUGGGAAACUUGACAAACCUUGAAUCAUUAGACAUAUCUUUUAACCAGCUGAUGGGGAAAAUUCCAAGCCAAUUAACAAGUUUGACGUUUCUUGCGGUCUUGAACCUUUCGUGGAAUCGUCUCCAUGGACCCAUACCCGGGGGUAAACAAUUUGCUACAUUUGAGAAUGGUUCAUAUGCCGGGAACUUAGGAUUAUGUGGGUUUCCAUUGUCAAAGGAAUGUGAAGAUAAUCGAACAAAAGUACAACCACCGGUGUUACAACAUGAGGAAGAUGAUUCAGAUUUUGAUGGAUUUACUUGGAAAAUUGUGGUGAUAGGAUACGGGUGUGGAAUGACACUGGGACUCUUUCUAGGAUCUCUCAUGUUCUUAAUUGGUAGACCUAGAUUCUUUGUCAAACUUGCUGAAAGAAAAUUGCCUAAGAAGGUGAUAAGAUUGAGCAGAACGGUUGCAGACACAGUGAAUAGAAGAAAGUAGCAAACAUCGAUCGCAUUGUCAGGUACAAGCUAGGAAGGAAGCUCGGUCGCUACAUGAGAUAUCGUUUGGAAUAAAGGAUCGGAAGAUGAGCAAUAAAGUGACAAGUUUGGGCUGCAUUUAAUAUUAUUGUUGGAAAACUUCUUGUAGUAUAGUGGGUGUCGGUGUUUGUUUAUGUAGUAUGGUGGGUGUUGGUGUUUGUUUAUGUAGCUAGUGGUUAUUCGUGAUUUUGCUUUGAUUGUGGUAUAUGUACCCUUCUAGUCUGAUGUUGCUCGUGGUUUGCUUUUCCUUGGUUCUUAUCAAGUAAAUCUAUUAGAGCA